AUGUCAUCCUCCGUUCCAUACGACCCAUACAUUCCAAACCAGACGACAGGCGACCAGUCCAACUCCAGGACCGCCGCCAUCCAGGCCCAAAUCGAUGACACUGUCGGCAUCAUGCGUGACAACAUCAACAAGGUUGCCGAACGUGGAGAGCGUUUGGACUCCAUAGAAAACAAGACCGACAACUUGGCCAUCAGCGCCCAGGGGUUCAGAAGAGGCGCCAACAGGGUCAGAAAAGAUAUGUGGUGGAAGGACUUCAAGAUGAGAUUGUGCUUGAUUUUCGGGGUCAUCAUUGUGUUGAUCGUGAUCAUCGUCCCAAUCGCCGUCCACUUCAAGUAG